AAAAACCCUUCCUCAUAUUUCGAAAUUCCAUUCCGACCCUGUCCCCCCUCCUAUUAUCAUACUUACUACUCCGGUCGAUAUCAUAUACUCUACUCGUUAUGGCAACACGACCAAACCUGGCGCAACGCACUCUGCGAAAGAUCUCUAGAGCCACUUCAUCUUGUGCUACUAGAAAAGAUACCAUGGCUGCCCCUGCAUCCGCAACCACCGCUGCUACGGGGCGUACACCCGUAUACUUUGUUUCUCACGGAGGUCCCAACAUAAUGUACGAAGUCGAGCACCCAGCCUUCCACCAAUUUCAAAAGAUUGGGAAGGAAAUCACUACAAAGGUCAAACCGAAGGCUGUCGUGGUUUUCUCGGCCCAUUGGCAAGCGGCGGCGGCAGCGGGGAGCAAGGUUGAGGUCAAUACCGCGGAGUUCAUAGAUUUGGUAUACGAUUUCCAUGGCUUUCCGGAUCAUUACUACAAGCAAAAGUAUCCGAACGUGGGGUCUCAGGAGCUUGCAGAGAAGGUUUUGGGGUUGCUUAAGGAGGCCGGAAUUGAGAGUGGGGGGGUGAAGCGGGGGCUUGAUCAUGGGGUUUUUGCUCCGUUUACCUGUAUGUUUGGACCGGAGGAGAAUCCGCUGGGAGUUCCUUUGGUGCAGGUUUCGUUGUUUGGUCAGGAGGAUCCUAAUAUGCAUUAUGCCCUCGGAAGGGCGGUUUCCAAACUCCGGGACGAAGGGGUGGUUAUUAUUGGAUCUGGGAUGGCAGUUCAUAAUCUCCGUGACCUCCGAUCCGCGGCCAUGUCCGGUACGCUGCCGGAUUACAUUAUUCCUUUCAACGAAGCAAUAAAAGAGGCAGUGACAAAUGUCAACUCGGGCGAGGAACGCAAGACAAAACUGGCAGAACUUCUCCAUAGGAGUGAUGCCAGAAGGGCGCACCCCACCUUCGAGCACUUGCUCCCCGUGCAUAUCGCUUCUGGGGCUGCUGGAGAUGAUAAAGCGGUUCAGUUGUGGACAUUACCAGAGAUGAGUAUGAGCUGGGCGCAUUAUCGGUUUGGCGAAGUUCAAAGUUAGUUUUCUCGCAGAGCGUCAUAUCAUGCGGCAUAAUCUGCUGCAUGUUCCGAGUAUAUAGAUACUCCAAGUCAGGCUUGACACCAUUUGUACAAUACUAUUAUAUUUCCCCAUCCCCAA